ACAAGUUUACACAAAAUAUAGGAUCAGAUUAAAUAGACAUAGUUGGUUCAGAUAUGAGCUGGGUCUAUUGUGUUUGUCUUGUGUAACAACAUUCAUGUGGUUUUCAAAGAGCUGCGCCCCUUUAAAGGAGACUAAUGAUUCUUGUUUCACUCAAAAACUAUAAAGAAGUCACAGCUGAACAUCGUGGAAUCUGACCUGGGAGUUUUCUAACAAAGGAGCUGAAAUGGUUCUUCAACCCAGGAUUUCAUUGUUGCUCCUCCUCUGUUCAUCUCCUCUUGCAUUUGUCGCAGCUAAUUCCACUGAGACUCCCUGUGAUCGUCGCUGUCUGGCAAAUUCUCUGGUUCAGAAAGAACUGUUUAGUGCACCACAGAGUGAUAACUGUACCAUCAUAGUGAACAUCACUUCAAUACUGUAUGAGACAUUGUCUUUCGAUACAAAGGACAUGAAAAUGACCAGCCGUAUCAAGGUAAACAUGUUGUGGAACGAUCCUGAUCUUGGAUGGAUGCAAGAGAAAUCGAGAUAUCCAACAAUUGUUUUGCCGGCUGAUAAAAUCUGGAUUCCUCGGAUAGUUUUGGACAACGCAAUAGAAACGAGCAUGGAGCCGUACACUAACGAUGUGCAGGUGCGGCGAGAUGGCACUGUGCUGCAUUCAGUUGUUUUGUUCACGACGGUGAGCUGUGAAAUCAACCUCUUCAACUACCCCUUUGUGAAGGGCUCGUGCCCUGUGGCCAUCAAUGGAUGGAGCCAGAGAGUUUGCUCGCUCACUCUCCAGAUCACUGAUGAUGUGUCUUUGAUUGGCGGCAGUCGAGGAGAGUGGCAGACUACACACGUGAUCAAAACUGUGGAUUCAUCAAAUCGUGUUUAUCUCCAAGUGGCUCUGUUGAUUAACCCCUUCAGUGCUGUUGUAACCCUGAUCCUGCCCAGUGGACUGGUACUCCUGACUGACCUGGUGAGCUUUGCUCUACCAUUUGAAGGGGGAGAACGCAACUCUUUUAAGGUCACCCUGGUCCUGAGCUUCACCAUGUUCCUCCUCAUCCUCAGUGAUCACUUGCCUAGCAGUGGCGAGUGUAGCCCCCUCCUACAUUACCACUUCUGCUUCUGUCUGGUGUGUUUGGUCAUGAGCACGCUGGCUUCAAUAGUGCUAACACGUCUGUCUAUAGACGACAGCUUCUUACUGUGCAGACGAUCUGCUAAGGUUCAUCCAUCAAACAGCACCAAAACACAACAUGACAGCCUGGAUCAGGAGACAGAUAAAGGUGUGAUUGCAACCCAGUCUGGUAAUCUGGCUUCAGAGAUGGCCUCGCUCCAGAAAAUAGUGAACUUUUUGGACAACAUGGAUAAAGGAGAAAAGGAGGCACAGAGUAAAGUGACAUUUGCUUACCUCCUAGACAAAUUCUGCUUUGGCUUUUUUAUGAUGAUCUACAUAAUUUAUGUCAUAAUUCUUGUUGUUAUCACCCGAACAGACAUUUGUAAUGUUAAUAAUCUGGAUUUCUGGGAUGAGUCUCACCACAAUGAUGACAAAUUUGACUACUCAUACACUGAACUAUAGUCACUUUCACAUUGACAUAACACAUUGUGUCUCUAUCUCAGUAAAAAAAAAUCAAAAUUAUGUCUUCAAACAAAACUAUGAAAUAACUAUAAACUAAUAGUUUGUUAAUGAUUUGUAACUGUGUGUCAAUAAAGAAUGGCGAUAACACUCAUGGAGAGCAACAAUAAUAAAAAAAA